GUGCUCUGAAUCUGCUGCAUGGUGGGGGUUUGGCCCACUUCGAUUGAAACAACCAGACCAGACUGAAAUUCAUCGUGUCCCACCAUCCUUCCCUUUGACUGGGAACCCUACCGGCUGAGAGAUCAACCAUUGUUAACCUGUCCAUAACCACCUGGAUUCCGCUCGUUAUUCUUCUUUUCCUCAUCACCCCCUCCCUUUACACUCAGACUCUCUACUGUUGACAUAAACAUCUCUCCAAUAUGACCGCCGGCUCAGUGCUAGUUACGGGAGGCUGCGGAUACAUUGGCUCGUUCACCGCACUUGCCCUUCUCCAAGCCGACUACAAGGUCGUCAUCAUCGACAACCUUUACAAUUCCGCCCCGGAAGCCAUCAAUCGCAUUGAAACCCUGUGCGGCAAACGGCCCGACUUCUACUCUGUUGACAUCACCGACGAAGCUGCCAUUGACAAGGUCUUCAAGGAGCAUCCGGACAUUGAUAGCGUUAUCCACUUCGCGGCGUUGAAGGCGGUGGGCGAAUCUGGUGAAAUCCCCCUCGACUACUACCGAGUCAAUGUUUACGGUUCCCUGUGCCUACUGCGAUCCAUGCAGCGGAAUAAUGUCACCAACAUUGUCUUCAGCUCUAGCGCCACAGUCUAUGGCGAUGCCACUCGAUUCCCCGACAUGAUUCCGAUCCCAGAGCACUGCCCCCUAGGCGCCACGAACACGUACGGGAGGACCAAAGUGGGCGUGGAGGACAUGAUUCGGGAUCAUAUCAAAGCGGAACGCAACCGGGCCAAGAAAGAAGGAAAAGACGAAAGCCUCUACAACGGUGCCCUGCUGAGAUACUUCAACCCGGCUGGCGCACAUCCAUCCGGUAUUAUGGGUGAGGACCCUGCCGGUGUGCCCUACAAUCUGCUACCGUUGCUUGCACAAGUUGCCGUUGGCAAACGGGAGAAGCUGUUGGUCUUUGGCGAUGAUUACGACUCGAAAGACGGCACCGCCAUCCGAGACUACAUCCAUAUCCUUGACCUUGCAGCUGGCCAUCUCCUUGCUUUGAAUCAUCUUCGCGCGCACAAGCCCGGAUGCAAGGCAUGGAAUCUGGGCACCGGCAAGGGAUCGACCGUGUUCGAAAUGAUCAAGGCCUUCUCCCACGCGGUGGGUCGGGAUUUACCGUACGAGGUCGCCGGUCGCCGUGAUGGGGACGUGUUGAACCUGACCGCGAACCCGACCUUGGCCAACGAGGAACUGGGCUGGAAGGCUCAGCGGACGCUGGAGGACGCGUGCGAAGACCUCUGGAGAUGGACGGAGAACAAUCCCCAGGGCUAUCGGCAGCAGCCGCCGGGAGAUUUGGUGAAGCGGGCGUUGGAGAUGCGCGAUUCAAAAUAAUGACGGACGUCUUGGUGUACAAUUCUAGAAAUCGGAUAAACGGGUCUCUGGUACGAUGAUAUUGCAGGGGAUGGCAG